GCCAUUUAAUAAUUCUCACAAUUCGUACCCAUUGUAUCGUCCCUCAUCAUCAAAUCAAAGUUUGCAACCUUUUCGUUCCUCUGUCUCUAAUCUUAUGAAAUGAACGGCGAUUCCCACAUUUUUUGCCAUAAUAUAGUUAACAUCGUGUUCACUCACUAUCCAAGGUUCUCCCCAGUAGCUUAUUUGCAUAAACUGAGCACGACACUGAAAUUCAUCAAGUGCCAAAAAACUUGCAGAAUCGUGGAUUGCUUGGUCAGUCCAGCAAAUCCGUCCGUCCAAUUAGAUUGAAUGGCUGUGGUGUAUUGCAUCUUAUUAUUAUUAUUGCCAUGUAGCAGGUAGACCAAAUUAAAUUGAAUUAGGAAUACCGUGAACAAGGAUACUUAUUCAGCUUAGUCUUGGUCUGACCAUGCGUGGCUCAUGUGCGACAAGAAGAUAAGGAACUUUGCGUCGCUCGAUUAUAUAAUGUGCUUCGGAGAAACUUUGUUCUAAUCUGCGUGGUAGUUUAAAUUACACGUUUUCCCCUUAACAUUCUCGAGAUACAUUUACGCAAUUUUGUACCCGGUAAUAAAAAUUAAUAAGUUAUCAGGUGUGUGUUUUUCCGAAUUUGUGCCACUAGCGACAAUCCAAGAAAAGUUCAGGUUUAUUAUUUUUACUGUUACAAAUGUAGGCAAAUGACCGAAUAAGUAAUCAUCAGAAGGGCGUAACCACAACUAUAACCACGACAAAGACAUUAACACACUAAACAUGUCCCGAAUUGCAUCCACUUAUUUUAAAGACAGACCAAGACAUUUAUUUCGAGUUUGUGCAUCGUGACGUGGAAGAUUUUCUUGGAACUGCGUCUAAUAAACAAAGAGUGAGAUAGAGAGACGACCGAUCAGCCCGACAUCAGUAAAUGAUCGUCUCUUUGUGUCAAGUUUAUUCGUACUCGUUUGUGAGGUAAAAUAACUCAGAGAUGAAACCGAGAAAGUGGAACUGGUCUGUUGUGGGUGCAUUAUUUGCAGUCGGUGUCAGUUAUAUGGUUUCACAGUGCAAAUGUGCCAAUAACCCUCCUAGUCAACCCCUCAAUUCACAAGACUACUGCAGAUCUGUGGGGCGAGUUUUGGGGCUUUGUGUUCCACUGCAAGAUUGCUCCUUGUUUUCCAGAUGGCUCAAAGAAAGACCAAUUGUCAAGCAGAAUGUCAAAAAUGUAGUCAAAUUCACGUGUUAUUUUGAUCUUCAACAGCCAAAAGUGUGCUGUCCACUUCCGGAAAUUCGUGGGAAGGGUGAAGAACCAACUUCGUAAAAUUUAAUUCAUGAUGCCCCAGGGUCAUCACGUUCCAGUGGUGUCAAAACGCCCCCUCGACACCAUCCACCGCAAGACGAAGGA